CCCGAGACUUUUUAUCGGCCGAUAGUAUCAUCAUAUUACGUCAAAGGUGCGAAUGCCGAACGCGUACCGCUCUAGCACUCAGACGGACAAUUACAUUGCUAUAUAGAUGACACAUUGACACCAGAAGACAGGAAGACGUGUAUUAUUCGCAAGCGCCGUGAGUAAUUUCAGUGGUUAUCAAAACCCAGUAUCGUUAUCACUUAUCAAUUACGAGCAAGUGCACCGACACAAAAUAAUAUUAUUCAUAAUAUAUUAUUACACAUAGACACAUAGUAACAAGUGACAAUAAUAAAUGUCGUUCAUCGUCGCGAUUUUCAAUUAUGACCGGCUGGCCGAAAUAAUAUUAACAAGACAAUCGUAGUUGUCGGUUUUUAGCCAUCGUGAUAAGAUCCAAGAGGUAACAGUUAUUUGACAGCAAGCACUGACGAGAAUUAUCUUCUUUUUUUUUUAACGAUUGUGCACCUCGACGAUUUCGUACCGUAUUAUCCGACGCCUGCUGUCUUGAUGAUGGACGGCAUUUUGUUGCGAGACAGUUAUCGUAGAAAUAAUCAUAAUCAUCAUCGUAUGUCGACGACCAUCUAAAAUGAUUGGACCACCGCCACAUUUUGCCCUACCGUCCGGUAUUGUAUGGCGCAAAUGACACAUGUACGACGGACAUAGUAGCUAUUCAUCGUUCAAUUAUUCAAAUGAUUAUUAAACCAGUAUGAGAUUAAACAUAAGAACCCUCUUUUUAACUAUUUCUACUUUUAUUAUAAUAUGCACGGUGUCAUUAUGGUCCAAUUGCUCAAAUCAAACAUUUGAUAAAUUUUCAAAGAAUAUCAAAUCUGACUAUGAAUCAUUAGUUCAAAAUAUAAAGCCAAUAGACUGUCUUAUUAAUGGAAAUAAAAUUCAUGUGGAUUGCCUUUUAAAAAAUAAUACAGUUUAUAUUCCAUUUUCAUUUCUAAAAAAUUAUUUUGAGAUUUAUGGAAAAAUUAUUGAAACUGGUGAAAACAAAAAAAAGUUCCAUUGGUCACAUAGUUAUUCCAAAAUAUAUCAACAAAAUGGAAAAUAUGAUUCUCGGGGUGUGUUUACAAAUUUCCAAAAUUAUAAAGUUGAAGAAAGAGAUCGUGUGAAGUGUGUUAGUGCUUCUGAAGGAGUACCAGUGUCAACUCAGUGGAAUCCUCAUGGUUAUUAUUAUCCAACACAAAUAGCUCAAUUUGGGUUAUCUCAUUAUAGUAAAAAUCUUACUUUACCAUCACCAAAAAUAACUGUUUUGGAAAAUGGUCAGUUAAACCCUUUGUGGAAUGUUCCUGAAACUUCAAAAAUACAAAUAGUAUUCAAUGCUCAAGCCAAUAGUAAUGUUAUUGAUUUUUUCAGUACUGAUAAACCAAUUUCAUUGAAAAUUGAUAGCAAAGAAGAAUUUUUCAUUAGUUUUGAUGUGGCUUUAUCUUUAUCAACAAGUAGUAGUAUUGUUGUUACUAUAAAAGAUAUGAAGGAAAAGAACGAAGUAUGGAAUCUACAUUACAUAUGUUCAAGAACAUUUAUAUUUGCAAAGGGUCAUAAUAUUUAUCAUGGAAUGCAUUGCAGUAGAGAGUUUGGUUGGAAAAAAUUGACAAGAAAUGUAUUAAUUGAUUUACAAAAGGGGUUACAUGUAUUAAAAAAAACAACAACAAAAAUGUUUCGUUCAAAAUAUAAGUUAUGUGAUUUUAAACUGUAUGGAGUUGGAUUCUUGGACAACCUAACACUUAGUUCUAGUGAUCAUAUUAGUCAAUUUUAUGCUGCUGCACAUUGGUUCAAUAAACAUCAAAAUAAAGAGUCUGGUGGUUGGAUUAAUCCUGUUACUCGUAAAAUAUCUCCUUUUAUUAAACCAUUAAAGCCAGGAUGGUUAUCUGCAAUGGGUCAGGGUCAAGCAAUAUCAUUGCUCUCCCGGGCAUUUUACCAUUCUGGUGGCAAUGAAGUAUAUUUAAAUACAGCUUACACCGCUCUAAAACCAUUUAAAAUCUCGAGUAAAGAUGGUGGUGUUUUGUCUAAAUUUAUGAAUUUACACCCAUGGUAUGAUGAAUAUCCUACAGUUCCACCAAUAUUUAUUUUAAAUGGUUUUAUGUACUCCUUGAUUGGAUUAUAUGAUUUAUUUUCAUUGGCUCCUAAUGGUUCGGAGGUUUCACAAGAAGCUUAUUCACUAUGGAAACAAGGUAUGAUAUCAUUAAAAAAUUUGUUACCAUUGUUUGAUAUGGGUUCAAGAUCAGCGUAUGAUCUAAGACAUGUAACACUAGAUAUAGCACCAAAUAUUGCUCGAUGGGAUUAUCACGCUACACAUAUCAACCAACUAUUAUUGUUGGCAACGCUAGACAAUGCUACAGUUAUACAAACUACAGCCAAAAGAUGGAUUGGUUAUAUGAAUGGUGCUCGUGCAUCGCAUAAUUAAGUUAUUUAAACUAAGAGUAUUGAACAAAAACUAGUAAAACGUAACUAAGAAAAUGUUGGGGAAAAAGUAUGGCUGUGACAAUUUUUUUUUCCUAAAUAUAUUACAUUUUUAAUUAAUUUUGUAUUUUUAGAGGAAAUGUGCAUUAA